AUGGUGGAAAACCCCAGCCUGGCGGCCAAACCUGCCCUGCCGGCCGCCCCGCCGCGGGGCCCGGGGGCGGCGGGGGGGCUGCGCUUGGCGGCGGUGAUGGAGAGCCUGCAGCGGCAGCAGGCGGCCCGCCUGGCCCGCGGCCCCGACGGCGCUCCCCGACGGCCCCCGGUGGAGCCCGGCCCCGGCCCCGGGCCGCCGCCCGCCGCUCCCCGCCGCCGCCCGGCCUCUGGCCCGCGCCCGCCGCCCGCCGCUGCGGGGGAGGAGGAGGACGACGAGGAGGAGGAAGAGGAGGAGGAAGAAGGGGAGCCUCGCGACCCACUGCCGCCCCCGCACCACGAAUGGACCUACGAGGAGCAGUUCAAGCAGCUCUAUGAACUGGAUGAGGACCCGAAACGCAAGGAGUUCCUGGAUGACCUCUUUGGCUUCAUGCAGAAGAGAGGGACGCCAGUGAACCGCAUCCCCAUCAUGGCCAAGCAAGUGCUGGACCUGUACACACUGUACCAGCUGGUGACAGACAAGGGUGGCCUGGUCGAAGUCAUCAACAAGAAGAUUUGGCGGGAGAUCACCAAGGGCCUCAACCUACCUACCUCCAUCACCAGCGCUGCCUUCACCCUCCGCACACAAUACAUGAAGUACCUGUAUCCCUACGAAUGUGAGAAGCGGGCGCUCAGCUCUCCCGGAGAGCUCCAAGCUGCCAUCGACAGCAACCGUCGGGAGGGGCGGAGGCAGACUUUCGGCACUGCACUCUUCAACUACUCGCCAGCCAGCACCCCAACCCUGCUGGGCACCCCCAAAAUGCCUCUGCCAGCUCUUAGCAUCUCCACACACAGCUGUGGCCAGCUCAGCCAAGUGCACAGUGUUAAGAAAGAGGACGGAAUGCUGGCAGCAUCAGUGCCAGGGCGCAUCGCUAUCCCGGUGGGACUGGCCGGCCACCAUCUCACAGCAGCCCAAGCAGCAGCUGCCUCACAGGCAGUGGUACUGGAGCAGCUGCGGGAGAAGCUGGAGACAGGGGAGCCCCCAGAGAAAAAGGUGGCCCUGACAGCCGAGGAGCAGCAGCGGCUGGUGCAACACGCACUUCAGCACAACCUCCUGGCCAUGGCCUCCCAGUUCCCCAUGAACAUCAAGAUCUCCAACCGAGAUGACAGACAGGAGACCGCAUUGAACCUGUCCACCAACAGCAUUAGCAGUAUCAACAUGUCAAUAGAAAUAAAUGGAGUUGUCUACACAGGUGUCCUGUUCGCCCGCCGGCCCUCAGCCACCCUGGCACCUGGUGGAGGGAGUGCCCAGAUGCGUCCAAACCCCAUGCCUGCCCCAAACCCCCUGCUCCCAGCCUCCUCUCAAAGCCACACUCCCGGUAGCGCCUCGCCAUAAAGCAGGCUCCCUGAAAGCAGCUGAGGGUGCCCAGAGUCUGGGGAGCUGAGCUGUGGGACCCAGCUGGGCCACCACGGUGGGACAAAGGUGCCUCUUGCUGCAAUACUGAGCUGCGUCCAUGC